AUGCCCGCUCCCCCUCCGAUAGCGAAGGCCAAGCCGAAGUCCCAAAAAUCGUGGGACAAGACGCAGUCUCAAAGGAAAUUCCGGCUCGGCGUCCGCCGAUUCCUCAAGAACCAGUUACACCUCCUCAUCUUCGCCCUCCUCCACUCGAUAUUCUCCCUAUACGUAAAGAUCCGUCAGACCUGGAACAAAGUCUGCUAUAGGAUAUCAUCCAUCAUUUCCUACCACCAUCGCACCCCCGAGCUCAUCGAGAACGACGUCCGCGGCCUAGCCCGGAAACCCCAACACCUCAGCGCAAUUUUGAAUAUGCAUGAAGAUGGUCGAGCGGCCGAGCUAGAGAGGCUUAUCGGCGAGGCCGCAGAUCUAGCUGUCUGGUCUGCUUGUGCUGGGAUCCCAGUUCUGUCUAUCUAUGAGCGAUCUGGAAUUCUGAAGAGGUAUCUUCCACAGAUCCACCAAGCCAUUCUACAAAGAUUCGCCUCGUAUUUCGGAGAGCAUUACCCCGGGCUUACCGUCGCGGCCCCCCACACCGAACCCGUCGAUUCGGCAGCCACCGGCCACUUCCAAGACUCGAAGCUGAAGCAUCUCAAUGUCAUGUUCAUCUCCUACAAGGACGGUAGGGAAGCUAUGGUCGACCUCACCAAGACCCUGGCGGAGAUGUCCCAGAAGGGCAAGCUCAACCCGUCCGAUAUCCAGAUCGACCUCAUCGAUGCCGAGCUUUCGGAGGGCAUCAUGGCCGAGCCUGACCUGCUUCUCCUCUUCUCGCCUCACGUAGAGCUGUAUGGCUACCCACCUUGGCAGAUCCGCCUUACCGAAAUCUUCCACCUCCCGGACAACCAAGGCGUCGAGUACCAGAAUGCCGACAUGAUGCAACUCCGGGCACCGCUGGCCCGGGCCAUGACCGCUCUGGACCGGAGCCUGUUCUCCAAGACCUUUCAGCUCGCGGCCGCCGCGGUGAGGGAUCCGCGCAACAUCUCCCGGUACCGGAAGUCGCUCGUCGAUGAGGGCAAGCUGUUUUCUCGCCCAAAUUUCAGCGCCAUGGUACCGCACCCUGAGGAGGAGCUUGCGAAGAAGGGAAGGAAACUGUUACUUCUUGACCCUGAGGUCAAGUAUGAAUUAACGCGCACAUGGGGUGAGACCCUUCGAUGUGGUUACAAAGCCGAUGAGGUGGACGUGAUACCCUAUGAGCUCACUCUUGGGUACGACAAGUGGACUUAUCACGAGGUGAUCGAAUCUAUUCUCCCAGAAGAACUUCAAAAUGAGGUUCCAUCUGGCUUCAAUUCGGUUGGGCACGUAGUUCAUCUGAAUCUCAGAGAUCAAUAUCUCCCCUACAAGAAAGUCGUCGCGGACGUCAUCUUAGACAAGACGCCGCGCUUCCGCACCGUCAUCAACAAGGUCGACAACGUCGGCCAGGAAUCCCAGUUCCGAACUUUCAGCUACGAAGUCCUCGCGGGGCCCGACGACCUCAACGUCGAGGUCAAGGAGAACGACUGCAUCUUCAAGUUCGACUACGCAAAAGUCUACUGGAACUCCAAGCUCGAGCACGAACACACGAGGCUCAUCAACAAGUUCCAGCCCGGAGAGGUGGUGUGUGACGUUAUGGCGGGUAUCGGACCUUUUGCAGUGCCCGCGGGAAAGAAGGGCGUCUUCGUAUGGGCAAACGACAUGAACCCGGAGAGCUACAGGUAUCUGAAUGACGCGGUCAAGCGGAACAAGGCGGAUCAGUUCGUGCGCACCUUCAACGAGGACGGGCACAACUUCAUCCGCCGCGCUGCGGACCUUGUCUACGAAGCCUCGAAGAGCGGUGACCACGCCCUUGUCCGCCCCCGUCACAAGUUCUCCCGCAGUCAUCCGACUCCUGCUCCGAAGCCCAAGCGCGUAGCCGUUCCGCCGACUAUAUCUCACUUCGUCAUGAACCUUCCCGGGUCGGCUACUACCUUCUUACAUUGCUACCGUGGCUUGUACGCCGGUAAGGAGGAGCUCUUUGCACCUCACACGGAGACGAAGCUUCCCGUUGUUCACGUUCACUGUUUCGCUCCUAAGCUAUCAGACGAGGAGGUGUUUGAGGACAUCAAUAAGCGCAUAUACGAUGAGAUUGGAGUCAGGCUACCAGCCGGCGAUGACCUAGACUCAGGCCAAGUAUCGGUGUAUGACGUCCGCGAUGUGGCUCCGAACAAACGCAUGUUCUGCGCGAGCUUCAGGAUACCUGCCGAAGUAGCAUUCGCACCUCGGGAUUGA